AUGGCGACCCACGGCUCCGGCUCGGCGUUUCCCACUGCCGCUUUGGUCUGCGCCAUGCGUGCAGAGGCCACGAGGCUCGGCAUCGAUCCCGACCUUGGCGAGCCUGACAUGCUGGCGGAGAGCUUUGCGGGCGAUCUCGGCCGCGCUUUCCUGAACGCCUUUCGCGCGGCUGGCGGCAGCACGCCUGAAGGCGAGGCCCGGGGAAUUAUCCACCGCACGAACUACUACGACGCCGCAAUGUUGCAGGCUGUCCAGAGCGGGUGCACGCAGGUCUUGCUUCUCGGCUCGGGGCUCGACACGCGCGCAUGGCGCCUCCCACUGGGUGAGGGCGUGACCGUGUUUGAGGUUGACGUGGCUUGCGCACAUGAGUUCAAGCGCGAGCGGCUCGCAGAAAUCGAGCAGGAGCAACCUAUCCGCGAUGGCACGACCGAGUCCCACGCAAAGAAGCUCGCGCACCUGCGGGGUGCGAAGUGCAAGCGGGUUGAGGUGGACGCCGACUUGAGUGAGGCCAGGUGGGGGAGGCUCGUGGCAGAUGCCGGUUUCGACAUGGAAAGGCCAGCUUUCAUCCUCGCAGAGGGGCUACUUAUGUACCUGCCGGACAAGGACGUGACCGAGGGCCUUUUCAAGCAGGUUCGCGGGCUCAUGGCACCAGGCUCGUGGUUCAUGGGGUGCGCGUUUGUCAGUGGUUUGGGCUGCGCGGACGCCGCGGACAACGGUGUGAUGAUGAAGUUCGGCUGUGCGUGGACGUUCAAGUUUGAGAGCGCAGACGAGGUGCGCGACGCGCUGGAGGCGACGGGCUUUGGCUCAGUGACGUUGAAGCAGGCCCAAAUCUUCUUUGACCAAGGAGCGGGCUUGGUUCAGACCAGCUCUCCUGGCUACCAGUACUUCAGCGCGCGACGCGACACGGAGGCGUGA